AGAUAGAUCUCGCUAUGUUGACUGCUAUAUUGACCGGGCUGGUCUCAAACUCCUGGCCUCAAGCCAUCCUGCUGCAGCAACCUCCCAGAGACACUGGAAUGACAGGUUAAUGCACACGAAUCCGGAAGUGACGCCAGAAGAAGAGGACGUGAAGACUACAGGGUAUCCACGUGGGUUCUGAGCGUGUUUCCACGUUCCUGGAAACCGGUCGUUUAAGCUCAGUGCCGGCCACGGCUUAGUCAACAUGGGUCGCUCGGGAAAGUUGCCCUCUGGUGUCUCAGCUAAGUUGAAGCGCUGGAAGAAAGGCCACAGCAGCGACAGCAAUCCCGCCAUCUGCCGCCACCGCCAGGCCGCCCGCAGCCGCUUCUUCAGCCGGCCGUCAGGAAGGAGUGACCUGACAGUCGAUGCUGUGAAGUUACAUAAUGAGCUGCAGUCAGGGUCCUUGCGCUUGGGCAAAAGCGAAGUCCCCGAGACGCCUAUGGAAGAAGAGACAGAGCUGGCUCUCACCGAGAAGUCCUCGGGCACCUUCCUGAGUGGCCUUUCCGACUGCACAAACGUCACCUUCAGCAAAGUGCAGCGCUUCUGGGAGUCCAACUCGGCUGCCCACAAGGAGAUUUGUGCUGUUUUGGCUGCUGUCACUGAGGUGAUUCGCUCCCAGGGAGGGAAGGAGACAGAGACUGAGUACUUCGCUGCUCUGGUGACUGCUCUUCAGGGAUCCUCUGGGGUGACCGUCUAUGUUCUUUCCCACAGUGUUCCCAGCCCUGUGCUCAUUAAGAAGUUCUCUGAUACCUCCAAAGCCUUCAUGGAUGUCAUGUCAGCCCAGGCCAGCAGCGGCUCCACCUCUGUCCUCCGAUGGGUCCUUUCCUGCCUGGCCACCCUUCUGCGGAAGCAAGACCUGGAGGCCUGGGGCUACCCUGUGACCCUUCAGGUGUACCAUGGGCUGCUGAGCUUCACGGUGCAUUCCAAGCCCAAGAUCCGGAAGGCUGCCCAGCAUGGAGUAUGCUCAGUCCUCAAGGGCAGUGAAUUCAUGUUUGGCGAAAAGGCCCCUGCCCAUCAUCCUGCUGCGGUUUCCACUGCCAAGUUCUGCAUCCAGGAGAUUGAGAAGUCUGGAGGCUCCAAGGAGGCCACCACCACGCUGCACAUGCUGACGCUGCUGAAGGACCUGCUGCCCUGCUUCCCAGAAGGCCUGGUGAAGAGCUGCAGUGAGACUCUCCUCAGGGUCAUGACCUUGAGCCAUGUGCUGGUGACAGCCUGUGCCAUGCAGGCCUUUCACAGCCUCUUCCAUGCCAGGCCUGGCCUGAGCACCCUGUCGGCAGAGCUCAACGCCCAGAUCAUCACGGCCCUGUACGACUAUGUUCCCAGUGAGAAUGAUUUACAGCCCCUGCUAGCCUGGCUUAAGGUCAUGGAGAAAGCCCACAUCAACCUGGUGAGGUUGCAGUGGGACCUGGGGCUAGGCCACCUCCCUCGCUUUUUUGGAACCGCGGUGACCUGCCUCCUUUCCCCACACUCGCAAGUGGUGACUGCUGCCACGCAGAGCCUCAAGGAGAUCCUGAAGGAAUGCGUGGCUCCCCACAUGGCUGAUGUUGGCUCCGUGACCUCCUCAGCCUCGGGCCCUGCCCAGUCUGUUGCCAAGAUGUUCAGGGCAGUGGAGGAGGGCCUGACAUACAAAUUCCAUGCGGCCUGGAGCUCCGUGUUGCAGCUGCUGUGUGUCUUUUUCGAGGUGUGUGGGAGACAGGCCCACCCUGUGAUGAGGAAGUGCCUCCAGUCCCUGUGUGACCUGCGCCUCUCCCCUCAUUUCCCCCACACGGCGGCUCUCGACCAGGCAGUGGGGGCUGCGGUGACCAGUAUGGGACCUGAGGUGGUGCUGCAGGCUGUGCCUUUGGAAAUUGAUGGCUCUGAGGAGACUCUGGAUUUCCCACGGAGCUGGCUGCUACCUGUCAUCCGAGACCACGUUCAGGAAACGCGACUUGGUUUCUUCACCACCUACUUCUUGCCCUUGGCUAACACCCUGAAGAGCAAAGCCAUGGACCUGGCUCAGGCAGGCAGCACAGUGGAGUCUAAGAUCUACGACACACUCCAGUGGCAGAUCUGGACACUUCUGCCUGGAUUCUGCACGAGGCCCACGGAUGUGGCCACCUCCUUCAAAGGGCUGGCACGGACGCUGGGCACGGCCAUCAGCGAGCGUCCAGACCUGAGGGUCACCGUGUGCCAGGCCCUGCGUACCCUCAUCACCAAGGGCUGCCAGGCAGAGGCCGACCGUGUUGAAGUGAGUCGUUUUGCUAAGAACUUUCUGCCGAUCCUCUUCAACCUGUAUGGGCAGCCUGUGGCAGCUGGGGACACUCCAGCCCCUCGCCGGGCUGUGCUGGAAACCAUCAGAACUUACCUCACCAUCACUGACACUCAGUUGGUGAACAGUCUCCUGGAAAAAGCCAGUGAGAAGGUGCUCGACCCUGCCAGCUCUGACUUUACCAGAUUGUCUGUCCUGGACCUGGUCGUGGCCUUGGCUCCGUGUGCUGACGAAGCCGCCAUCAGCAAGCUGUACUCCACCAUCCGGCCCUACCUAGAGAGUAAGGCCCACGGGGUGCAGAAGAAGGCCUACCGAGUGCUGGAGGAGGUGUGUGCCAGUCCUCAGGGCCCCGGGGCCCUCUUCGUGCAGAGCCACCUGGAGGACCUGAAGAAGACGCUGCUGGACUCGCUGCGAAGCACCUCCUCGCCCGCCAAGAGGCCCCGUUUGAAGUGCCUCCUACACAUCGUGAGGAAGCUCUCAGCUGAGCACGAGGAGUUCAUCACUGCCCUCGUCCCAGAGGUGAUUCUGUGCACCAAGGAGGUGUCGGUGGGCGCACGGAAGAAUGCUUUUGCGCUGCUCGUGGAGAUGGGCCAUGCUUUCCUAAGGUUUGGCUCGAACCAGGAAGAGGCCCUGCAGCGCUACCUCGUCCUGAUCUACCCUGGCCUGGUGGGCGCGGUGACCAUGGUCAGCUGCAGCAUCCUGGCCCUGACCCACCUCCUUUUCGAGUUUAAAGGUCUGAUGGGGACCAGCACAGUGGAGCAGCUGCUGGAGAACGUGUGCCUGCUUCUGGCCUCCCGCACCCGUGAUGUGGUCAAGUCCGCACUGGGCUUCAUCAAGGUGGCGGUGACUGUCAUGGAUAUGGCACACCUGGCCAAGCACGUGCAGCUGGUGAUGGAAGCCAUUGGGAAGCUUUCAGAUGACAUGCGGCGGCACUUCCGCAUGAAGCUUCGGAACCUCUUCACCAAGUUCAUCCGCAAGUUUGGAUUUGAGCUGGUGAAAAGGCUGUUGCCCGAGGAGUACCACAAAGUCCUGGUCAACAUCCGGAAAGCUGAGGCCCGGGCCAAGAGGCACCGAGCCCUGAGCCAGGCUGCCACAGAGGAGGAGGAAGAAGAGGAGGAGGAGGAGCCCGCCCAGGGCAAAGGUGACAGCAUUGAGGAGAUUUUGGCUGACUCAGAGGACGAGGAGGACAAUGAGGAGGAGGAAAGAAGCCGGGGCAAGGAGCAGCGGAAGCUGGCGCGACAGAGGAGCCAAGCAUGGCUGAAGGAGGGUGGUGGGGACGAGCCCCUCAACUUCCUGGAUCCCAAGGUGGCCCAGCGAGUCCUGGCCACACAGCCAGGGCCAGGCCGGGGCAGGAAGAAGGACCAUGGCUUCAAGGUGAGCGCUGAUGGCCGGCUGAUCAUAAGGGAGGAGGCAGACGGCAACAAGACGGAGGAAGAGGAAGGCACCAAAGGUGAAGAUGAAGGGAUGGCUGACCUAAUGGAAGAUGUGAUCGUCAGGAGUAAAAAGCACCAGAAGCUCAAGCACCAGAAAGAGGCCGAGGAGGAUGAGCUGGAGAUACCCCCUCAGUACCAAGCUGGAGGCUCUGGCAUUCAUCGCCCUGUGGCCAAGAAGGCUAUGCCUGGGGCCGAAUACAAGGCCAAGAAAGCAAAAGGUGAUGUGAAGAAGAAAGGCCGACCAGAUCCCUAUGCCUACAUCCCCCUCAACAGAAGCAAGCUCAACCGCAGGAAGAAGAUGAAGCUGCAGGGACAGUUCAAAGGCCUGGUGAAGGCUGCCCGGCGAGGUUCCCAGGUGGGACACAAAAACCGCAGAAAGGAUCGUCGGCCCUGAGGCCCAGGGCUGCCCCGUGAUCCAGCCUGAGGCCCUUUCAGCCCCCAGGCUACCUUGCCACCAGCUCCAGGUACUCAAGAGUCUGGCAGAGCCUGGACUCAGGAUGACUUGGAACUAGGGCUUGGCUCUCAGAAGUCCUGGAUUUUGGAAACUCCAAAUGGAAUCACCCUCCAGAGACAUCCCUGGUGCCUGGAGAUGGGAAUGUGGCCUCAGUGCCUCUGAGUAGGUGCCAUGGGGCACCUUUGCUUUCUGCCCGGAGUGGCCACGAGCACCAGAGCAGAUGAUCUCUAUUUCCGCCAGCUGCUUGUACCCACGUGGCAUCCUGGCUGUGGUCUGGGUGUAUGAGAUUUAUUGUGACCAGAUGUAGAAUAAAUGUGUCUCAUCCUGCA